UCUCUCGAUCCCUCAUUAAAAUUAUCAACAGUAUAAAAAUCCGGUGAAUCCUCCCUCGAUAUCAGUAUCAAAAAUUGUUCCCAAGAUGAAGCUGACCUCCGCGUUUCUGAUUUUAGCGGCAGUACUCGCGGUUUUAUUUAUCGUAAAGCCUGCGGAUUCUUGUCCUCCAAAGCCAAUUCGACCUCCAGAGGAUCAAAUGAAGCGGUGGGUAAGAACGAAUGACGAAAAAAAAUCAACUCAAAAUUACGAAGAUACAACCUGGAAAAUGCAACGGACAAACCACGACAAAAAGGAACGUUAUCAUGAGAUCGGCAGUCAGCAUGAGUUUAAAAUAGAUCACGAGGAACAUGAUGUUGAUGAUUAUCGCAUUAAUAAACCGGGGAGGCAGUCUCAUCGUUGGGUAGAUCAUAUUGAAAGCACUGUUAGAGACGAAUCUAAAAAAUCUUGGAAACCCACAUUCUCAUUCGGAAAGAAAUAAUUUCGAAAAGUCAAA